UUGGAUUACCGGAAGUUUUACUCUCUUCUCUUUUUGGAAGAGCUGGCAGAGGUCACAGAGCUAGGGGCCCACUCAGCAAAUGUAACGGGCAAGCUGGCCAAACUAUGAUCCCAUUGGGGUUCUUUCAAGUUUUAGUAAUUACGGUAAAUUUAAUCCUGAUUCAGUUGAACAUUGGGGAGUCCUUGACAGUACCACUCAUCUCUAAGCCCAUGCAAAUCCAUGGGGUUUUAGCAGAGGAACGUGCCUUCAUUCACUGGAGCGGAAGAGAGAGGAGAGAACUGACGUGCCAAGAAGGGUACCAUAUUCACCCAAAUAAAACUCACUGCUGCAUUAAAUGCCACAUAGGGGCUGCCUUUGAAAACCACUUGGAUGUCAGGUUCG